AUGAUUACAUUAAAUCGAUUACCAACAAAUCAUUACGCUGAAGUUGAACAAUUAGCAUUUUCACCCGGCAGUCUUAUACCAGGAAUUGAAUUGUCACCUGAUAAAAUGUUACAAGCUCGUGCAUUUGCUUACUCCGACGCACAACGAUAUCGUUUAGGAAAAAAUUAUACACAAUUGCCUGUAAAUCGUCCUCUUAAUCCUGUUGCAAAUAAUUUUCGUGGUGGCUAUAUGUGUUUAAAUAAUCAAAAUGGUGCACCACAUUAUUUUCCCAAUUCAUUUCAUGGAGCAGCUACAUCCUAUCGUUUUAAAGAAAAAAUUUAUCCAAUCGAAGGAAAUGUAUCACGUUAUGAAUGUUCAAUAGAUUCAGAUGAAUUUUCACAAUCAAAAACAUUUUAUCGUCAAGUGCUUGGACCCGAUGAACGUUUACAAUUGGCACGUAAUUUAGCCAAAUCAUUAGCACCUGUACAACAAUUUAUUAUUAAACGAGCACUAGAAAAUUUUAGUAAUGUUGAUCUAGAAUUAUCAGAUAAUAUUCAACAUUUUCUUCAAUUACAACGAUCAUCAAAAACAGAAGAUUGCGGCGUACAAACAGAUGUAGAACGAAGAGGAUUUUAG